AUGGCCAACUGCUUCGGCAAUGUAUCUGCACCUAGAAAAUGCCCAUCAGGCACAUACAAUCUCUACCCUGGGAGAAGCAGCAUUCAGGAUUGUCAGCCUUGUGCUCCAGGUUUGAUUAGUACAGAGGACGGUGUAGAUUGCAGGCUCUGCCCUGCUGGAUAUUCCUGCGACAGAGCAUCAGGCACUCUCUUAGCAUGUCCGAAUGGAGAUUAUUCACCAGAGGGCCACACCCAGUGUCUCCCCUGUCCCUUUGGUUUUGUUUGCAAGGAUGGAUUACAAAAGAAGUGUGGCCUUGGAAAGGAGCCUGACCUAAACCGAACGGACUGCACAGAAUGUCUUAAAGGCUACUACUCCACUCUGUGCAGUGCCCAGUGCGAGCGGUGCCCAGCCGGUAGUUAUUGUCCUCACAAUGGAAUGUCUCAGCCACUACCAUGUCCAAUGGGGCAGUACACAGAUGUAGCAGGCCAGAGCUCAUGUAAAAUCUGUAAUAGUAGUGUAGCCUGUGCAUCCAUGGCCAGGAAUGAAUGGCAGCAUAGCGAGAGGAACAGAAUGUCUGUCUCCUGUCCACCUGGCACACAUAGACAUGGAGAGGGACCUGGCUGUAAUAUUUGUCCUUUUGGACAUUAUUGUGUAGGAAGUGUUGCUAUACAAUGCCCAGCUGGAACAUAUGGACCAAAAGAGGGUCUGCAGAGAGAGAAAGACUGUACUAUUUGCCCUGCAGGGUUUUACUGCUUAGAAGGCACUUCCCGGAGGCCCAGUUCUCAGUUUCUAUGCCCCCAAGGUUAUUACUGUGAAGAGGGCACCGCUGUGCCACACGGGUCACCUUGCCCAGUUGGUACCGCAGGAGGACAACUGGGUCAGACAAGUAGGGCAGCUUGCAAGAGGUGUGCUGAGGGUCGCUACUGUCCCACAGGCUCUGCAGGUCCAGGUUUGCUCUGUGCCAGAGGCAGAUACUGCCCAGCAGGGACAGUCAUAGAAGUUCUAUGUCCACGAGGCACCUUCACCCCACAUCAAGGCGCUCUGAGUGUGAAGGAUUGUCUGAAGUGCCCUGCAGGUUUCUACUGCCCAGAAGGCACAAGUGACUCUUUACCUUGUCAGCCUGGCACUUUUAACCCAUUGGAGGGGCAGGAUGCAUUGACAGAUUGUAGACCGUGUUACCCGGGCAAGGCUUGUACACAGGUGGCUCUGAAAGCUCCUGACGUUGAGUGUAUGCCAGGCUUUGUAUGCCCACCUGGCUCGGCACGACCCAAUGACCCUGCCAAUGCUUGUCCACCUGGAACCCUGAGCAAUCGAACUGAUCUGACUGAUCGCUCUCAGUGCCAGCUGUGUCCAGCACGAUAUGCCUGUCUGCGAGGCACUGGUGGCAUUCAGAGACCUCCACUCUCCUGCUUUGCUGGGCAUUACUGCCCAGUUGGCACCAUGUUCCCCACCCAACACAAAUGUCCAGCAGGCACAUGGAAUGAGCGCAGUGGUCUGGAGUCUGAAAGCGAGUGCCGACCAUGCCCACGAGGCUGGUACUGUCUAGCUGGUGUAGGCGUUCCUUCUGGAAGAUGCAGUUCAGGAUACUACUGCCCUGAAGGAGGCCAAAGGCCGGAGGAUUGCACUGUGUGUCCAGCUGGCUACUUCUGUCCCCACUCAGCCACAGUUUACCCCAGAGUGUGUGGCACAGGCAGUUACUCUGAUGAGGGUUCAGAGGAGUGUCUGCCAUGCCUACCUGGUCACUAUUGCAGUGAUGAGACCACCAGUGAAGAGGCCAUGCUCAGAGUGAUGGUGUGCCCACCUGGUUUCCUGUGUUCCAAAGGCUUGGAUCGGGAUCCCCAGCGCUCAGCUGUUCUAUGCCCUAUAGGCUUCUACUGCCCUGGGGGUGGUGUAAAUCCAAAUCCUAUACCGUGUCCCAAUGGCACCUACAGUCGGAAACCAGGACUGCGGGACCCUUCAGACUGUACUUUGUGUCCUGUGGGAAUGUACUGUUUCUCUCAGCAACCCCAGGAACAUCCAAUUACUGAACCAACUGGAGGCUGUCCUGAUGGAUAUUUCUGUCCUUUGGGCACUGGACAUCCUCUUUCAUUCCCGUGUGAAUCAGGAUUCUUCAGGAAUGAAUCUCAUGGACAUAGUGGAGGUGCCUGCGUGAAAUGCCCAGCAAGAUAUUAUUGUGCGAGUGUUGCGACACACACACCAUCAAUAUGCCCAGAGGGCUUUUUCUGUCCUGAGGGAAGUUCUGCUCCAGAGCCGUGUGUAGAAGGCACUUACAGCUCUCGGCCAGGUUUACGUGAGGCGCCCGAGUGUACACUUUGCGAUGGGGGAAAGUACUGCAUCGGUGUUGGCAAGAUAAAACCUUCAGGAAACUGUGAGGGAGGAUACUAUUGUAGACAGCAAUCUAUUAGUGCUACUCCUUAUGAUGGACCGAAUGGUGGCCUGUGUCCAGCUGGCAGUUUUUGCUCUCCAGGUUCAGCUCACCCACAGCCCUGUCCCUCAGGCACAUUCAGCAACAGCACAGGACUUAAACAUGUCCAGCAGUGUGUUAAGUGUCCUCCGGGAUAUUACUGUUUAGGUUUAGGCUCCACUUCACCAACUGGCCCAUGCUCUGUAGGAUAUUACUGCACUGGUGGUUCUGCUUCUCCUGUUCAGUAUGAAGUUGAAGAAGGCCACUACUCUGUAGAGGGAGCUGUGAAGCCUGAGCCCUGCUCUUUGGGCACUUUUCAACCAGAAAGAGGACAAAGUGCAUGCAUACAGUGCAAGCCAGGACGAUUGUGUAACGUGACACGUUUGUCCUAUCAGCCUCUUUGCCCUCCAGGACACUACUGUACAGCUGGAACCUCUAUUGCACAUCCAUGUCCCCCUGGAACCUACAUGGCUAAUCCAGGAGCAGAGAAAGUGCAGCACUGUGGUCCAUGUGAUGCUGGUCAGUACUGCCAUGCUCCUGGUCUGUCAAGACCUCAGGGUCCUUGUGAGUCUGGGUUCUACUGCACCGGAGGAGCCAACACUGCCACUCCAGUGAACUUCAGGUCCGGAGAUGUUUGCCCUGCGGGUUAUUAUUGCCCUGAAGGCACCAGACAUCCAUUUCAGUACCCAUGUCCCACUGGAACAUGGAGCAGUGUGGUGGGAGCUCAGAACCUGUCCUCAUGCUCUCCUUGCCCUGCAGGAUUUUUCUGCAACAAGACUGGACUCACUCAGCCUACAGGAGUGUGCUCUGCAGGAUUUUUUUGUAUUAGUGGUGCUAAGACCCCCUCACCUGAAGACGGACUUACUGGCAACAGAUGCCCAGCAAGAUAUUACUGCCCCCAAGGAUGCACUUCACCUCAACUCUGCCCUGAUGGUACCUACUCCAACACUACAGGUGCUGCUAAGUGCAGUGACUGUCCUCCUGGAUGGCUCUGUCUUAAAGGAGAAGAGGCCCAGCUGUGUCCAAAAGGACAUUACUGCCUGGGGGGCACAGUGGAGGAUGUCCUCCCAUGCCCUCCAGGCACAUACAACCCCAAAGCAGGACAGAGACAAGUAGAGCAGUGUUCACUGUGCUCAGCUGGAAUGUACUGUGAGGAUUGGGGACUAGUGGAACCAACUGGUCCCUGCCAGUCAGGGUAUUUUUGUCUAGCAGGCAUAAAUUUUAAAAACCCUGAUGGAAACUUCAGCACAGGAGUAGGGGGGGCAUGUCCUCAAGGUCAUUACUGUCCUGAAGGGUCCAGCCAACCUGUUCCCUGCCCACUUGGGACCUUUUCACAGGAUAAAUAA